CAUGUCGGUGAAGUGUGACAUCAUUUGUCACCUCUGACGUAAUAAAGUCCAAGUGUAGCUCCCCAGUGUUCUUGGUGGCUUGUGCUUUGUAGUCUUUUAAAAUAUAGUUUAAAAAGUGGAUUUUGCUCAUCCUUCACGACGUCGAAGCAACCCAGUGUGGACAGAAACUGCCGCCAUGAACGGUGUAAUUGCAAAAAGGACGCAAAGCUCGCUCGGAAAGGUGAUAAAGAAGCCACUUCUAAGCGAGAAACUUCUUAGCAAGCCUCCAUUUCGAUACCUGCAUGACAUAUUUUCUGAGAUAAUCAGGACCACCGGCUUUAUGAAAGGCUUGUACAAAGACAAUGAAUUGAGGUCAGAGUGUAUAAAGGACAGAGACAUGAAGAUGGCAUUUCUUCAGAAAGCAAUAGAUGUUGUUGCGCUGGUGACCGGGGAGCCUCUUGCAGUAAAACCUGCACACAUUGUUGCUGGUCAUGAACCUGACAAGACCAAUGAGCUGCUGCAGGUUAUUGCCAAGUGCUGUCUAAACAAGAUGUCCAGUAAGGAUGCGGUGAAGAGAGUUCUUGCAGGAGAAAAGUUGGACGUGAUAACCAAAGACAGCACAUUGAAGGAGAAUCUGGAGAGAUGUGAACUUCACGUGGAAAGAGAGGACAAGAAGAAAAGUGAGCAAAGUGAGUGUAAAGAAGAGAAGGACACAGAACAGCACAAAGAGCAGGAAAGACAACGUAGAGACGGGGACAGAGACCACCGUCAUGACAAGGAGCGUUCUGCCAAAAACCACCGCCGUGAACAGGACCAGCCUAAAAACUGUGACCCAGACAAGGCCUGUGACCGGCAGGGAGACACAGAAAAAGACAAUGGACAAGGAAAAGCAAAGAGCAGGGAAAAGGAGCAGGCAAAAGAUCAAGAAAAAGAAAACAUCAAGGCAAAAGACAAUGAAAGAGAAAAGGUUCCAAACGCAGCCAGUGAAAGGCCAAAGUCUUCCUCACAAACCACUAGUCCGACAAGAUUAUCUCAGUCCGCAUCUGCCAUUGACCAAAACAGGAAGAACACUUUAGGGGAUGCUACACAGAAACCUCUCCCCAAGGAAGGUGGGGAUACUCUAGGCUCCUCAUUUCCAUCUGAAAUAUCCUCCAGUGACAAGCAAACCUCGCGUCCCAGCAGUGCCCGUCCUGCUCCCCCUCGAGUGAAGAAACAGGAGAGUUUUGCUGAUGGUGUGCCAUCUGACAGGCUUUCUAGUGCCAAGUCAUCAGUCAUCAGAGAUGGAAAGAAGUUCUCUGAUGAUGAUGAGAAUGAAGAUGAGCAGUUUCUUGUUGCAGAGGCGGCCCCCGAGCUUGCAGAUGCCCCUGAGAAGGCGUUGGAAUCUGCACAUGACCUUAAUGGGGAAGAGAAACAUGGUGGACUAGUCAAAAAGAUUCUAGAGACAAAAAAAGACUACGAGUCCUCCAUUAAAUCUAAAGAGAAAAUGGUGUCAGAAGAAGCCUGGAAGAAAGAGCAGGAUCUGGUUAUGCGGGAGAUAGAGCGUCUCCGUGCAUCCAUUCAGUCGGUGUGUCAGAGCGCGCUGCCUUUGGGCAAGCUCAUGGACUAUGUCCAGGAAGAUAUAGAUGCAAUGCAAGCAGAACUGCAAAGCUGGCGGAAGGAGAACAAGGAGCAUGCACAGGCUUUGCUGCAGGAGCAGAGAGCAACAGACCAGGCGGUGGAACCUCUUAAAACCGAACUUGGUGAGCUCGACCAAAUGAUCAAAGAUUACCAGGACAAAAUUUGUACCAUGAGGUCCAACAUACUGAUGAAUGAGGAGAAGAUCCAGAAGAAGUUGGCCGCAAUUAUCGCCUCUAAAACUUGAAAAGUACAUACAGUCGCCCUCGCUAC